AUGAAUAUCAACAAGAAAACAAUCAAUAAAAAUUUAAUCAAACUUAAUAGUGUUGUUGAACGCCGUUUAAGAAAGUUCUUGCUGGGUCCAAAGAAGGGAGAAACAUUUGAACUUCGGAAUGGAUUAGUGUCGCAGUACAAGCACGAACGUAAGGAUGCCAUUCAACGAGUGAUCCAAGCAAUGACAGUAGGCAAGGAUGUGUCUGCAUUGUUUCCUGACGUUUUGAAGAACAUUGCCACGUACGACUUGGAACAAAAGAAGUUGGUGUACUUGUAUCUAAUGAAUUAUGCCAAGACCAACCCCGAGUUGUGCAUCUUAGCUGUCAAUACAUUCGUGCAAGAUACGGAAGAUCCAAAUCCGUUAAUUAGAGCUUUAGCUAUUAGGACAAUGGGUUGUGUAAGGGUUGCAAAAAUGGUUGAUUACAUGGAGAUACCAUUGACCAGAACUUUGAAAGACGAAAAUCCCUAUGUUAGAAAGACCGCUGCCAUUUGCGUGGCAAAGUUGUUUGAUUUAAACCCUAGUGUCUGCGUUGAGUUGGGAUUCUUGGACGACUUGCAAAACCUACUUAAGGAUUCCAACCCCAUGGUUGUUGCCAACUCGAUCAAUGCAUUGUACGAGAUAAGAGACAUGAACGAAGAUCCAACCUUGAAGGUCUUGGAAAUCAAUGGCGAAGUGAUUAGAAAUUUGUUGUUGUGCUUGAAUGAGUGCACAGAAUGGGGUAGAAUUACUAUUUUGACGACGCUAACCGAAUACAACACACAUGGCAAGUUGGAGGAAGCGAACCACAUAAUUGAAAGAGUUAUACCACAAUUACAGCAUGCCAAUCCGUCGGUAGUCUUGAGCUCAAUUAAAGCAAUCCUCUGUCACGUUGAGACCAUACCUGUCACAGCCCAGAGACAAUCAAUUUUGAAAAAACUAUCGGCUCCUUUAGUCUCAUUGGUUAGCUCAUCUAUACCCGAAGCCCAAUACGUGGGAUUGAAAAAUAUCAGAAUAAUUUUGGAAAAAUACCCCUCCAUAUUGUCCAAAGAGUUGAGAGUAUUUUUUAUCAAGUACUCAGAUCCUUUGUAUUUGAAGUUAGAAAAGUUAGAUAUUAUGAUCAGAUUGGCAAAUGAAAGCAACUCUGAUUUGUUAUUGGGGGAGUUGAGAGAAUAUGCUAUGGAGUUUGAACCGGCUUUGGUGACAAAAGCAAUCAAAUCAAUUGGCGCUGUCGCUAUUCAAUUGAGUGAAUCAGUGGUUAAAGCAGUGAACCUUUUGAACGAUAUAAUCGAUCAAAGAGGUGGUGAUUUAAUAGUUAAUGAAUCAGCCAUAGUAUUGACCAACAUACUAAGAAGGUAUCCAGGCAAGAGUGAUCUUGCAUCUUUAAUUAUACCGAUCAUUUCAAACCACACAGCCGAAUUGGACAAGCCUGAGGCGUUGGCUGAUUAUGUGUGGAUUUUGGGUGAAUACCCAAAGUACUUUUCAAACUUGCAUGAAAAACUCGAGUCUUUGAUAAACGGUUUCUUGGAAAGUGAAACCCUCUUGCAAUUGAACAUUUUGACUACAGUGGUUAAAAUCAACGCUGUGAUCCCAGGCAACAAGAAGUAUUCGUCUUUGCUUCAACAGAUCUUAGAACUCGCCACUAAGGAAUGUGAGAAUGCCGAUGUACGGGACAAAGCAUAUAUCUAUUGGAGAUUAUUGUCGUCAUCUACUAGCGACUCAUUGCAAAAGAAGAUAAUAUUGGCCAAAUUACCACCGAUUGAAUCCACCAUUCCUACUUUUAGUCCUCAUUUGUUGGAACAAUUGCUCAAGGAGUUAUCGACCCUUAGUUCCGUUUACCACAAACCGGCCAAGACUUUUAUUGAUCCAUCUGCAUACUCAAGAGUUCCUAUUGGGUCUAGCGAGGACAAUGUCGAGGAUUUGAAAAAUUUGGCCAAGCAAGAAAUCAUUGACAAUUCACGUAACGAGGAUCUUUUGAAUUUUGACGAUGAUGAGGAAGAAAAUGGCUUCUCUGGUUCUAGUGGAGACAAUAAAGAGAGUGGCGUAGGCGACCUUCUCAGUGAAUUAAACGAUUUAUUUACCCCUACAUCCAACAGAAGCCAACAACAAACAAGUUCAACCAAUAAUGAUAUCCUUGAACUAUUCAAUUCUGCUCCACAGCACAAUACUAACUCCAUUGUCAAUGGCGUUGAGAAUUUGCAUGUUAGUUCGACGCCUACAAAGGAGAACAAAGGAGUAAAUAACGAUUUGUUGGACUUGUUUUAA